UCAUAAAAAGCAUUUUUUAGGUCCAAAUUAAAGGCCCAAAAGUUAAUUUUUCGUUGCUGUCGGGUUUCCGGUCUUUACAGUAAAAAUGGCAGUCAACUCCUCCGUCAUGAUUCACAUCAACCCGGCGGCUCGGUUAACCAAAAUAGAAAACCGGUGCUUCAGACAAUGUUACAAACUUCCUACUAAACCCGGUUUCCGGUUUCCCAUUCCCAAAGCACGUGACCUCUCCAAAAUCUCCGUCGUGGAACAGUUCCGCAACCGCGUGGAGAAAACCGCCGACGAGAUCCGCCGUCUUCGGGUUUCAGCUGAGGCUCAAAAACCCCUCUUCCUCACUUUUUUCUCCAAAACUCAACAGUUUAUCGAACGCUUUACGGUUCGUGAAGUUGAAAACGAGAAAAUGGCGCUCAAGCGUAAUUUGCUUAUGAUGAUCGCUGUAUUUGGAGUAAUGGCGAUGGUGAAAGGUCCAGCAGAAGCCCUAGCUUCUAGUUCUCCUUCUGCUUUUGUUCAAAAUGUCAUAUAUUCUAACAAGAUCGCCAUCUUCUCCAAAUCCUAUUGCCCGUACUGCAAGCGUGCCAAACACAUCUUCAAUGAACUUCAAGAACAACCAUUUGUGGUGGAGCUUGAUCUUCGAGAUGAUGGCGGUCGUAUUCAAGAUGUCCUUUUGGAUCUGGUGGGCCGCAGCACAGUCCCGCAAGUGUUUGUGAAUGGGAAGCAUAUUGGUGGUUCAGAGGAUCUUCAAAAUGCUGUCAAGAACGGUCAGUUGCAAAGUCUACUUAAGAAAGAGUAAAGUACUGCAAGUCGAGAGAUUCAAGCAUCUUAUCUGAAUUCCUGAAGCUACAAUGCAUUCAUGGAGAGCUUAGUUUAGUUUGGUAGGUCCAGCUCUAAACUAAAAUUUGUAUGCUACUAUGCUGUUCGUUUCGUUUCUCAUGCUGAAAAAUGGGUAUUUGGACAAACAACAAGGGAUUUGAACUUAAUUCAAAUGCAUAUGUCCUUCACUAGCUAUAA